GCCAAUUCUUUUGCUCCCUAAAUUUCUUUUACGGUAACUUAUUAUAGGCCAAAAGAAAAAAGAAAUAUAGAAAUUGUAGAUGGCAGGAGCAGAGGGAGGACAAUCCUUGGAGCAAACGCCAACUUGGGCAGUAGCAGUAGUGUGUUUUGUGCUGGUUGUAGUUUCUAUCAUCAUUGAACAUGUCAUUCACUUAAUAGGAAAGUGGUUAACAAAGAGACAUAAAAGUGCUCUUUACGAAGCUCUUGAAAAGAUAAAAUCAGAGCUUAUGCUAUUGGGGUUCAUAUCCUUGCUCCUAACAGUUGGACAAGGACCCAUUUCGAGUAUAUGCAUAACAAAGGCUGUUGGGGCAACAUGGCAUCCCUGUAAUAAAAAUCAAGAGAAAAAACUAAACAAGGACGAAGAGAAUGGCCACCGGAGGCUUCUAACAAUUUCAGACUUUGGCGGCGGUGGUAAUACUCGACGUGUUUUAGCCGCUGCAGGAUAUGACAAAUGCGUAGACAAGGGUAAAGUUUCUUUUGUCUCAGCGAAAGGCAUCCAUCAACUCCAUAUCUUCAUCUUUGUGCUUGCGGUUUUCCACGUACUUUACUGUAUAAUCACUUUGGCUUUAGGCAAAGCAAAGAUGAGAAAGUGGAAGGCAUGGGAAAUGGAAACAAGGACAGCUGACUACCAUUUCUCCAAUGACCCAGAAAGAUUUAGGUUUGCCAGGGACACAUCGUUUGGGCGGCGGCACUUAAGCUUUUGGAGCCGAUCAUCAGUCCUCUUAUGGACAGUUUGUUUCUUCCGACAGUUUUUUAGAUCAGUCCCCAAAGUUGAUUACUUGACCCUGCGCCAUGGUUUUAUCGUUGCACAUCUAGCACCUGAGAGUCAAACAAAGUUUAAUUUCCAGAUAUACAUCAAGAGGUCACUUGAAGAGGAUUUCAAAGUCGUUGUUGGUAUAAGCCCAACAAUUUGGUUUUUUGCCGUAUUGUUUCUACUAUUUAAUACCCAUGGUUGGUUUUCUUAUCUGUGGCUGCCCUUCCUUCCACUGAUUAUAAUUUUAAUGAUUGGGACAAAGCUACAAGUCAUUAUAACCAAGAUGGGUUUGAGAAUUCAAGAGAGAGGAGGGGUGGUUAAAGGAACUCCACUAGUUCAGCCUGGUGAUGACCUUUUCUGGUUCAAUCGCCCUCGCCUCAUUAUUUAUCUUAUCCACUUUGUUCUCUUUCAGAAUGCCUUUCAACUGGCCUUCUUUGUGUGGACUUGGCAUCAAUUUGGCUUAGAAUCUUGCUUCCAUGAGAAGUUGGAAGAUGUGAUCAUCAGAAUAUCUAUGGGGGUCCUCAUACAGAUUCUAUGCAGCUAUGUGACUCUUCCUCUAUAUGCUUUGGUAACACAGAUGGGUUCGAACAUGAAGCCAACAAUCUUCAACGAAAGAGUGGCAAAUGCACUCCGAAAGUGGCACCACAAAGCAAAGAAAAACAUAAAACAGAAUCAACAUUCAACCAGUACGCCAGAAACCCCAAUGCAUUCCAUGUCUCCUGUCCAUCUUCUUCAUCACUACCAAGGUGAACUAGACAGCAUUCAUAAAACGCAAAGGAUGUCCAAUUUCAAUAAUGAAGGUUGGGAUAUGAAUGGCCCCCAUUCAUCCUCUCACCACCAUGAUCAGAUAUCAUUGCCCAAGAACCAGAGAAACCAUGGACAAGAAGAGAGCAUUUCUCAUGAGCCGAGCUCCACACAUUUGCCUUUAUCUAGUCAUUCAUUUCGUGUUCAGCAUGAAAGUGACGUUCACUCAAUAGAUUUCUCAUUUGACAAUAGCUAGAUUAAAAAAUUACAGAUAAGUGAAAAAAAAAUUAUAUAAAAAUAAAGAGGAAAAAAGGUAAUGUAGAGAUAGAGAUCUAGAGGUCUGAAGAGACUUUAGAACCAGAAGACAGUCACCAGCCUGCCUAGCAGCCAUUCUGUAGGUGUGGCAACACUCUGUAUCUUUGUUCAUUUAUGUAACACCAAUCAUAGACUAAAAAAUGAUAAAAACUCAGCUUUAUGCUUUCUGGAAAGAUUUCUAUUUGAAGAUAUCAGCACCAUCAAAGUUCACAAUGGUGUUUAGAGGAUAGUUUCAGGAGAGGAAUAAUAAAAAGGAAGACCAUCUUCUUCCCUUCCACUCAAUUCAUGGCGCCCAGCCAACCCUUAGAGCAAAGGAAAGAAUUAGCUCCAAACUAGUUUGGAGACGAUUGAAAAAACCACUCAUGUGUAGUUUUGAUCACAUGACUUUUUUAAUAAGUUACGAGACUUGUUUAAAUAUAAACAUAAAUAGUCUUAUAAAUCACCAUGUAGGUGGGGAAGAGAUAGCUCAAAUCCAGUUUGGAGCUAAACUUUACCCGAGGGAGGGGUUAACAUAAGAGUGUACAUACAUAAAAGUAACUGCCGAAUGCAGACUUCCCACAGCUAGAGGAAAAAAUAAUUAUAUAAAUAAGAAGUGCCAAAAAUCCAAGGUACCAAAUGAAUAUAACAGAGGAAAUUUUGGAAUCAAGACAAGCCAAAUUCAUUACAUACCAAAAAAAAAAAAAAAA